AUGGCGGCGCCGUUUGUCUUCCUCCGCCCCACCGUCAAGGACGACGGCACCGGUGAGAAGGCUCUCAUGAAGGCGGCCCACGACGGAAACCUCGGCCGCCUCAAGCAUAUUGUAAAGAGACUUACCAAAAGAAAUGGCGACCUGUCAGCGCUUUUUUCUAUCAACACGAACGGAUGUAAUCUGUUGCAUCUCGCGGCAUGCGCAGGCAAUUUAGAGGUUUUCAUGUACCUAGUGGAGGAGCUUGGAGGAGAUGUAAAUGCUCCUGGGGUUGGGGAUACAGCUCUAGGUGUGACUCCAUUUAUGGUGUCUGCUCAGUCUGGUGAUGUUGCUACUGUCAAGUAUUUUCUUGAUCAUGGUGGUGAUCUUGUGAAAGCAGAUGACAAAGGGUGCACAGUUCUCCACCAUGCUGUGGGUAUAGGAUGCUGCAAGGUUACAGAGUUCCUCCUGUCAAAAGGAGUGCCUAUUGACAUAGAUUGUGGCCAUGGAACACCACUCUUUUGGGCUGCUAAUAAUGAGCAGGAUAAGACAGUUAAGAUUUUGCUAGAGCACCAUGCAAAUCCUAACAUCAUUAUCAAUGGUACUACCAGUCCCCUUAUGAGUGCUCUUGUUUACCGUUCAUUGAAGUGCAUGAAGCUACUCAUUAAGGCUGGUGCUGAUGUCAAUUGCAAUGGUUCCAUGUUGACUCCUUUGUUGCUUGCUACGAUGCAUGGAGGUUAUACCAACUUCAUUAAGCUCCUAUUAAAGUCUGGAGCAGAUCCUAAUAUUCCCAAUGAUAUUAUCACUGCUGCAAGUGGAGCACGACUCACCCUGUUGUUGAACAUGGCGGGGAUUAAAAGCAGGAGCCUGAACGCGGAGCUGCAUCUUCCCGGCUGUAGCGAGGUCAUUAGUUGGGGCGAUGGGGAAAUCAGGGCGAACUCCAUCAGCUUGGAUCCAUAG